AUGGCAUUCGCACCCACUACCAUGCGCCGACUCAUGAGGGAAAUAACUCAACUCAAAACUGCUCCACCUGAAGGGAUUCGUGUCCAAACAAGUGAAGAUAACAUGUUUGACCUGACCGGUAUCAUCGAGGGCCCAGAGAGUACGCCUUAUGCUGGAGGGUACUUCAGAAUCAAGUUCAACUUCACCGAGGAGUUUCCUGCUGCUCCUCCGAAAUGUCGCUUCAUUACCAAGAUAUUUCAUCCUAACGUAUCUGGCGCUGGUGAGAUUUGCGUCAAUACCCUGAAGAAGGACUGGAAGCCAACGUACGGAAUCGAGCACAUAUUAGUCACUGUCAAGUGUCUCCUCAUCUACCCCAACCCGGAAUCUGCCCUCGACGAAGAGGCAGGCAAGCUUCUGCUCGAAGACUACGACAGUUAUUGCAGUCGUGCGAAACUCAUUACAAGCGUCCAUGCCACCCCACGCGUUCGUCCUAUCGAAUUUGACACUCCUUCAUCAGAGUCCACGACGAUGAACUCUUCGCCUUCAAAGCCACUCAAUAUAUCUACCCGUGCCAAGCCCGUCUCUUCCAGCGGUGCCCCACCCCCGCACGCCCUCCCUCUUAAAUCUACACCAAACUCGAGUGAAAAUGACGGUGCUGUCUCGCUUCCCGCUAGCAAAGACAAAGAUCCUCGUCAUAAUUCACCCGCUCCUGCUCCCCUCAGCACUGCAGACUCGAAUGUUGUCAUGGCCGGGAAUGGUCUUGUACCUCCUGCGACUGCUGUUCGGGGAGACAAGAAUACGACGACGAAAACCGUCACUGGGAAACGUGCGGCGACCAGUCUCGUUUCGAACGGCGCAGAGAAGCGGAAGAAGGCGCUCAAGAGGUUGUGA